UACGCCACGUCGUCGAACCUGUCCCGGCACAAGCAGACGCACCGGAGCCUGGACUCGCAGUCGGCCAAGCGGUGCAACGUGUGCGGCAAGCCGUACGUGAGCAUGCCCGCGCUGGCCAUGCACCAGCUCACGCACAAGCUGACGCACGCGUGCGGCGUGUGCGGCAAGAUGUUCAGCCGGCCGUGGCUGCUGCAGGGCCACCUGAGGUCGCACACCGGCGAGAAGCCGUACGGUUGCGCGCACUGCGGCAAAGCGUUCGCCGACCGUUCCAACCUGCGCGCCCACAUGCAGACCCACUCGGGCGACAAGAACUUCGCGUGCCCGCGGUGCUUCAAGUCGUUCGCCCUCAAGUCGUACCUCAACAAGCACCUGGAGUCCGCCUGCCUGCCCGUCGCCACCGCAGCGGCGGCGUCCGCCGUCACGGCGGCGCCCGAGUCGCCCUCGUCGUUCUCUUCGUCGUCGUCUUCGUCUUCGUCGUCGUCGUCGUCGUCCUCUUCGUCGUCUUCGUCGUCGUCGUCGUCGGCGUCGUCGUCGGCCUCGGCCGCCGCACUGUCACCGUCGCACCAACUCCACUCGCCUUCACACUUGCAUCUGCUCCAACAGCAGCCGCACCAUCACCAACUCACGACAUCGGCCGAAAUCACCAAUCUCAACCUGUUGCGUCCGACGGUACUGCACACCGCCUAAACCGGUGCGUGCGCGUCGUGUUUUCUGGUCAUUAUUGUAAUUUUCAUUUUUUAUUUUUUUUUCAAUUUCACUUGUAUUUUCACGUGUCUUUCUUAUUAUAAUAUCAUAUUCUGGUCGUACGUUAUAGUCAAUUUUUUCGGAAAAUCUUUAAGUAUUAGUUUAUUUUUAUUAUUAUCAAACGAUUAGAGGUGGGUAUUUUAUUUUUAUUUUUUAUUUUUUUAUCGUAAUAUUAUUAUAUUAUUUUCACUCUUAAGCACUAGUCACGAGUUUCUAGUCAAUUUCUAUUUCGCAGAUAAUAUUUAUAUUAUGUUUAUAUAGGUAUGUGUAUAUAUAUAUAAUUUUU